CUUCAAGAUACUUUGCUUCAGAAGGAAGAGGAACUUGCUAGGUUACAUGAAGAAAAUAAUAACCUGCGACAAUACCUGAAUUCUGCUCUGAUUAAGUGUUUAGAAGAAAAAGCCAAGAAACUGCUAUCUUGCCAUGGACAGAAAUCCUGUGCUAUUCUCAGAAGCACCAAGAGGAGAUUAAAAGAGGACCACAGCUAUGUUCCUCAAGAAACUCCUCAUGCUUCUAAAGCUAGAAGGAACCUCUUUAAUGAAUUCACUGCCUGUGAAGAGCAAGCCAGCCCUGCUGUGGACAGCUGGGUCUUGCAGACCUUAGGGUUAAAAGAUGUCAACACCAUUGAUGAAACUUCAGCUAACUACAGUGCCCUGUCCUCAGACCUUGGAAAAGACACAUAUUGCCUGAGCCCUGGUGAAGCAAUAGACUAUGACCACAGUGAAGCAGCAGCAGCAGCAGCAUUUACCUGCACACCGUGUGUCUCCUCAUCAGUGCCAAGUGUUUCCUCCCUCCCGGCCUAUGACUUGCCUUAUUUGACUGGUGAUUUGUCACCCAACAAAACAGAAGUGGCCUUCACAACAUCUCUAAGUCCUCACCGCAAUGUGAGGACACACACCUUCCACCAAGGACAAGCCUUUGUGCGCAGGGAUAACGAUGGAGGAUGGAGACUCACCUGGGUGCCCAAGCAGGCUGAAUAA